GAGCGACCGGGGUGCAGUUUAGAGAUGAGCUGAGCAUCACAGCCCCGCAUACAAGGAAACGGACUAACACAGCACUUUUUUUUCUCCUCUCCAGACUUCCCACAAUGUCUCUCGCUUCCGUAAAGCACAAGAGCUUUAUGAGGUGAAAAAAGUGUGGUAUGCACGCAGAGAGGCAGAUGUGAGCAGGUUUUUGUCUCUGAGGAGCGGGGAAUCUCUGCCCAGUCAAGGAAGACCCCCUCAAUUGUUUCCUGCGCCAAGAACUGUAAAGACAUGGUCAUCACGGCGCAUCUGUGAUGAGCAGCAGGCUGUGAGUGUGAGGAAGUCUCCGAGGAUGUCCCCGACCUGUGUGCCCCAGUGCUGAGGAAGCUCCACAGGGCUGACUGGUGGCCAGCAUGUCUCAGCACCAUCAAUACCAGCGAGGCCCCCACGGCCGCACCAUGAGCACCGAGGAGAGGAGCUACACGCCAGUGAACAAGACCACAGUGCCGGUUCAAAAGAGCGCUUCCUCCUCUUCCUCGUCCCAGCGAGACAGCCGGCAGGAGGCAGACAGCUGGGAAAUAAUCGAGGGACUGAAAAUCGGUCAGAGCAACGUGCAAAGGCCCGACAAAAAUGAAGGUUUUAUGUUGAAGAAAAGGAAAUGGCCCUUGAAAGGAUGGCACAAGCGUUUCUUUGUUCUGGACAAUGGUAUUCUGAAGUACUCCAAGACCCCUAUUGAUAUUCAAAGGGGAAAACUUCAUGGCAGCAUCGAUGUUGGCCUCUCUGUCAUGUCCAUCAAAAAGAGGGCGCGUCGCAUCGACCUGGACACCGAGGAGCAUAUUUAUCAUCUGAAGGUCAAGUCUCAAGACAUCUUUGACGCCUGGGUGUCGAAGCUGCGCCAUCACCGACUCUAUCGACAGAAUGAGAUAGUGCGCUCUCCCCGGGAGCCCACGAUGCGAACGUUUCCUCCUCCAGCUGCCAUGGAGACGCCCCAGCCCUCCCCAAUUGUAGUAAAUGAAACAAAGCAGGCCAAGUCCAGCAGCUUGCCGUGGCAGCCGGCGGCUCCCAGCAGCAGCAGCAACAGCAGCCUGCAGGCGUCCUACAGCAACGGUCAGAGCAGGGUGGUCGCUUGGCUUCAAGAGUCGGAGGAGAUGGACAAGUGUGCAGAGGAGCUCGCACGCUGCCAGUCUAACCUGACCGAGUUAAGCCGGUUGUUGCAGAGCCUGGAGAUCCUGCAGAGGACGCAGUCAGCGCCCAACUUCACAGAUAUGCAGGCCAAUUGUGUAGAACUGUCAAAGAAAGAAAAGCGCUUGAACAGAAGAUGGAGAACAAAAAGUGUCGGCAAAGAUGCGAAAUUCCAACUGCAGGUUCCUCUGUCUGCCAGCAUGUCGCCUGUCCGCCUCCACUCUUCCAAUCCAAACCUGUGUGCUGAACUCGGGGACUACCAGCCCCCAGUUUCUCGCCUGUCAGACAGUGUGGAGUAUGCCAGCGACUACAUUAAACUUCAGGAGGAAUUCUGCACUAUUGCCCAGAAAGUCCACUCUCUCUUGAAGUCGGCCUUCAACACCGUGGCCAUAGAGAAAGAGAAGAUCAAGCAGGUUCUCUCUGAGCAGGAGCAGUCCGACCAGUCAUCCCAGAUCAUCUCUAUAAGGAAGUCUCUGUCGCUGGCUCUAGCCCAGAACGCAGAGCUUCGAAGCCGCCUCAACCGCAUUCACUCUGAAACUAUCCUGACGGAACAAGUUGUCAGCGUGAACAUCAUCCCCACGCCUGAUGAGGCCGUGGAGCAGAUGGGGAUCCCUCUGACUCAGCAGGCCUCUAAUGAAAGCCGACUCUCCAUGUCAGAGUCUGUCUCUGAGUUCUUUGAUGCGCAGGAAGUGCUUCUGUCAGCCAGCUCGUCAGAGAACGAGGGUUCAGAUGAUGAGUCAUACGUCAGCGACGUCAGCGAUAACAUUUCUGAGGAUAACGCCAGCGUGACCGACAACGUCUCCCGACAAAUGGCCAAUGGGGACUUUGCUGGCAGCGCUUUCCGUAACGGGCGGCGCAUUUGCCUGCCGGCUCCCUGCCCGGACACCAGCAACAUCAACCUGUGGAACAUCCUGAGGAACAACAUCGGCAAAGACCUGUCCAAAGUGUCCAUGCCCGUGGAGCUCAACGAGCCGCUCAACACGCUGCAGCGCAUGUGUGAGGAGCUGGAGUACAGCGAGCUCCUGGACAAGGCUGCGGAGACCGAGGAUCCCUUUGAGCGCAUGGUUCUCGUCGCAGCUUUCGCCGUCUCAGGCUACUCCUCCACUUACUACAGAGCAGGAAGUAAGCCAUUCAACCCUCUGCUUGGAGAGACUUACGAAUGUAUCCGGGAAGACAAGGGCUUCUGCUUUUUCUCUGAACAGGUGAGCCACCACCCUCCCAUCUCCGCCUGCCACUGCGAAUCCAAGAACUUCACCUUCUGGCAAGAUGUGAGAUGGAAAAACAAAUUCUGGGGAAAAUCUAUGGAAAUUUUACCCAUCGGCUCUGUGAAUCUCACAAUUCCCAGGUUUGGAGAUCAUUAUGAAUGGAAUAAAGUCACCACCUGUGUGCACAACAUCCUCAGUGGACGGCGGUGGAUCGAACAUUACGGGGAGAUCACCAUCAGAAACACGAAGAGUAGCACUUGUCUUUGCAAACUUACCUUUGUUAAGGGAAAUUACUGGAGCUCCAACGUAAAUGAGGUGCAGGGAUUUGUGAUGGACCAAGAGGGAAAAGUGAUCCACAGGCUUUUUGGGAAAUGGCACGAAGGUCUUUACUGCGGCGUCCCGCCAUCUGCCAAAUGCGUCUGGAGACCAGGCUCCAUGCCGACAGACUACGAGCUGUACUACGGCUUCACCAGAUUCGCCAUCGAACUGAAUGAGCUGUGCCCCGAGCUGAAAGACGCCCUGCCGCGGACAGAUGCUCGAUUCAGGCCUGAUCAAAGAUAUCUGGAGGAAGGAAACGUGGAGAUGGCCUCCUCUGAGAAGCAGCGCAUUGAAGAUGCCCAGAGAGCCAGGAGGAAGUGGAAUGAGGAGAACAACAUCAAACACGAGCCACGCUUCUUUAAAAAAGUGGUGGAUGCCAACCACAGGGAGAGGUGGGUCUCCAACAACAUGUACUGGGAGCUCCGCAAAAACCCCGGCUUCAUCAACAUGGAGCCCACUGUCAGCCUGUGGUAGCACACGGAGCUCCGCCUCCAACGCUGCAGACCAGGAAGCUCUUACCUAUGCACAGCGGGGUGUUGGACAGGAACACUCUGCGACAUCUGUGUGCAUGGACAAGAAGGACUGCGGAGCUGAGAAUGUGGAGGGGCUGCUACAUGGUCACCCAUCCGUGGAAACAUCCUCAUCCUGCUUGUUGAAGCUGGGUCGCCACUACUACGUAGAUCUCUCCUCAGCUCUUCUGACUUUCCCAGUUUGUCCUUGCCUUAAAAAGACCCCCAUACGAGUCAAAGUAUUAGGCGCCUUUUAGUUGAAGCCAUUUCGUUUCCAGACAGCAGUUUGGCUUAGACUAGUCUAUGGAGUAGACAUUUUGAAUACCUACCAAUAUGUGCAUGCUUAGAGAGCAGCUUUCACCGGCAUAAAGCCGUAUUUACUAUAUCAUCAAAUAUUGUAGAGAAAAAAAAAGAAGUAUUUUUAUACAUAAAAAAAAGAAUAUCUUGUGUGAAAGAAUUAUUUGAAUUGGCAAAUUUUAUUUAUUUUUGCUUUUUAAUACUAAUGAAUCUGUUAGGUGGCAGAAUCUUCUCUGGGGAAUCGACUCAUGCUAGAUUAACAGAAACAGUGGAAAGAGGUCACAUUACUAACACAUUUACAGGAGUAAAACAUGUAGGUUGCUUUAGAAUAUAAAUAGAAGAGAUGGUGAAUAGUUAAAACAUUGUCAUGAGUUAUUAUUUUCUAUAAAAUCAACUCAUCUAAAUUACACGAAACCUCAAAGACUUGCUUAGGGUCAGAAUGUGCUGCAAGAAUACAUUAGAAAUGAGUUUUUUCUGUCUGCAGAUGGUGCCCUGCAAGAGUAUUUAUUUUCACAAACUCCUUCGCAAUUUGUCAAGUCACAGCCACGAAACCUAAAUGUGUUUUAUUGAGAUUUUAGAUGAUAGUGGAGCAUAGCUGUGAAGUGGAAGGAAAAGGAAACAAGCAUAUGCUUUUGCAAAUAAAAAUCUAAAAUGUGUAAGUUCUUAUUCAGUAACCCAUGCAUGUCUUUUGGGAUAUGUCUCAAACAUCUUUGUACGUAUAGACACUGAAAUAUUUCAAAUCUUGCUUCAGAUUCUCGUUUGGAUAUAGAUCUGGACUUUGACAGGGCCACUUUAACCCAUGAAUACCCCAGUCUCAAAUCAUUUGCUGCCUUUAGGAAGGUGUCUUCCAUGAUUGCCCUGAAUUUAUCUUCAUCUAUAUUAGAUUACACGCAGGUGCACUUCAUCUGCUAAUAAGGAUGCUUUAUAGUAAAGGGGGCUGGCUGGAUAUAAAUACAUGCCUCACUUUUCAGAUAUUUGUAGAAAAUGUAAACAGCGUCUUUAUACUCCUACUUCGCACUGUGUUGGUCUAUCACAUACAGUCUCAUUAGAUAGACAUUAAGUUUUGUGGCUGCGAAAAUAUGUGAGAUAAAUGUAAGGGGUGUGAAUAAUUUUGAGAGACAGUGUAAAUGUUUCGUAGUGUCAUUGUGAGAAAAGAUGAAGCAAAAGUGUGGUAGAGAUCGUGACGUCUUUUAACGUGCAAAUCACUUUUAAUUUCUAAUUUUUUCACUUUUUUUUGUUAAUUUCUUUGAAAUUUCAAAUUACCAAUCCUAAUGAGUUAUUAAAGCUUUUAAAUCUCUGAGGCAGCAGACUAUAUAAAUUAUGAGGCAGCAGCGACACCUACAGGUUGCCAUGUAAAAGAACAGCAGGCUCAUUUACCUUUUUUUUUUCAGUUUUUUAACCAGAUUUAUGUCGGAUUCCCCAGAAAACUUACUGCUACAUCUUUUGUUUCUGCAAAGAAAACAAGACAGUUAUAUAAAGUUUGUAUAUUUACUGCAAAACAGAGAAGCUUUAAGGUUUUGAAUAGCUCUCCCUAUUUUUCUUUUCUUCUUCAGACUAAUAUAACAUCCUUUUAAAAUAACCCUCUAACACAUUUGAGUACUCAAAUCCUACAUCUGAACUGCUUCGUAUAGUUCUGGACUGCAGGGUGAGAGAGGAAUAUAUAUAAAGCCAGAGUGAAGAUUAAAAACCAAAAAAAGUAGAUCUGCUUUGCAUCUAUGUGAUUCUCUUAUUUAAAAGAAGGAAGAAAAAAAUUCUGGAUCACAAUCUCAACGCUAAAUCUCUUCAGUUUCACUUGCUGUGCCUUAAUGCAUUUAUCAAUGCGUCACACACACACACACCUGACAGGAACAUCACGCCAAGAAGAAGGUAUGCCAUUAAAGAAAGUCACACUUUCCAUCUACCUGCAGACGAUUACACACACCGAGGCUUCCCCUCUGGACAGAAUAGUUUAGAUUUAAUGUAUUUUUGUUCUGACUGCAUCAUGCUGGCGGUUUAAAGACGUUCUUCACCGCUGAAGCUGAUCUCCUUUCCCCCACCGGCUUCAGUGAUCGAGUCCCAGCAGCUCAAAGCAGUGCUUCUCGUAGUUCUUGUAUCAUAGAAUCAGGAGAGAAAAAAAAUAAAAGAUGACCUGAAGCUUUCUACAUCCAUCGCUCCACCUGCAUGUCUAGACAACUUUCGCUUGCCAAUGAAUGUCUUUGAUGCCUUACAAAGAAAGGUUAUUAUUUUCUAACUUGGACCCAAUCCUCCUUGUGGACUGACACGGAUCACAAAGCACUAAAGUCAGCUUGGUUUUAUUCAGAUCUACUCCCUAGUGGAUACCUUCUAAAGUGCAAUUUUAACUAAGUACAUAUCUUUCCAUGGACACUGUACACUGCUGCUGCAUAGUGCUUGUUCUAAUAAAAUGGCAAACAACAAACA